CUUAGGGGCUAAACUAAAGUUAGUUUUAUCUUGGUGACCUACGAUCGGUGCACAGAGGCAAUUUCCUACCUACACCCCCUUGAUGGUGGUGGCCAUUUUGCGUCAGCCAUUUUGGGAUAGUUAAGAGGCCGUCCUGUGAGGCCAGAUCAGGAGACUGAGCUUAAACAGCCAUCUGCUGAGACUCCCCUCUCAUACUUUGACCUUAUUCUGACCUUUGAACUGUCCAAGAUGGCGUUCUCCUUCACUAGAAUGAUGUCCAGCCGUAACACGGCCACGCUGUUGGCCAGCCUGGGAGCAGGCACCAUGGCAACCUGCUACCUGAUGACUGACAGCAACAUCCUGUCCGCUGAGGAGAGGAGGAAGCUCUACCCACCCAGCGCUGACUUCCCUGACCUGAGGAGGCACAACAACUGCAUGGCGCACGCCCUGACCCCUGCUAUCUACGGCAAGCUGAGAGACCAGGUGACCCCUAACAACUGGACCCUGGACCAGUGCAUCCAGACCGGAGUGGACAACCCGGGCCACCCCUUCAUCAAGACUGUCGGCAUGGUGGCUGGGGACGAGGAGAGCUACAAGGUGUUCGCCGACCUCUUUGACCCCGUCAUUAAAGACCGACACAACGGCUACGACCCCAAGACAAUGAAACACCCCACUGAUCUGGACGCAUCCAAAAUCACUAACGGUGUUUUCGAUGAGAAAUACGUUCUGUCGUCUCGCGUGCGUACAGGCCGUAGUAUCCGCGGUCUGAGCCUGCCCCCGUGCUGCUCCCGCUCGGAGCGCCGCGAGGUGGAGCGUGUGACCGUGCAGGCCCUGGCCGGCCUGAAGGGUGACCUGGCCGGGCACUACUACAGCCUGGGAGACAUGACGGAGAAGGAGCAGCAGCAGCUUAUUGAUGACCACUUCCUGUUUGACAAGCCUGUCUCCCCCUUGUUGACGUGUGCCUUCAUGGCCCGUGAUUGGCCCGACGGCAGGGGCCUCUGGCACAACAAUGAGAAGACCUUCCUGAUCUGGGUCAAUGAGGAGGACCACACUAGGGUCAUCUCCAUGGAGAAGGGAGGAAACAUGAAGAGAGUGUUCGAGAGGUUCUGCAGAGGACUCCAACAGGUGGAGAAGCUGAUCCAGGAGAGAGGCUGGGAGUUCAUGUGGAACGAACACCUGGGUUACAUCCUCACCUGCCCCUCCAACCUGGGCACCGGACUCAGGGCUGGAGUACACGUCAGACUGGCCAAACUCAGCAAGGACCCCCGCUUCGGUAAGAUCCUGGACAACAUGCGUCUGCAGAAGAGAGGGACAGGCGGAGUCGACACGGCCACAACUGGAGACACCUUCGACAUCUCCAACAACGACCGUCUGGGAAAAUCCGAGGUGGAGUUGGUACAGUUGCUGGUUGAUGGAGUCAACUAUCUGAUCGACUGUGAGAAGAGGCUGGAAAAGGGCCAGGACAUUAAGAUCCCCGCCCCCAUCGCCCAGUUCAGGAAGUAAAACUCCUGAGCCCCACCUCUGAGAGGAAGUGACCUGCUCUGCGGUUAGGGAGAGCAAGAAGUGAGGCGCCAGCGGCGAGGAGCUAGGCCUGAUCCAUCCACUCGUGACCAAACUGAGCGGUUUGGAGUAAAGUAGCAGUAGUAUGUCGUUCUGCCCCUGAACAAGGCAGUUAACCCACUGUUCCCCGGUAGGCCGACAUUGUAAAUAAGAAUUUGUUCUUAACUGACUUGCCUAGUUAAAUAAAGGUUAAAAUUACACUAGUCCAGGUACAGGUGUUGAUGUAUUCCCCUUAUGGUUAAGGCUGGGGUUGGGGGUAUCAUAAUCUGAUCCUAGAUCUGUGGUUAGGAGCAACUUCUACCAGGAGCGAAAAUCUUACCUGUAACACUAACCUCAAUAAAAAUCAACUUUAAUAAAAACAUCUGAUUUCUGAUCAACAAAA